AGUGUGGUGGAGUCUCCUUCCUUGGAGGUCUUUAAGCAGAGGCUUGACAGCCAUACGUCAAGAAUGCUUUGAUGGUGUUUCCUGCUUGGCAGGGGGGUUGGACUGGAUGACCCUUGGGGUCUCUUCCAACUCUAUGAUUCUUCCAUGAGAACUGAGUCCAGUGCUGCUCCCUUUUGAGGAAUCGGGCGCAGGGAGUCAGAGGAUGAAAGCAUCUUCCAGAUCACAGAGAAGGGGCGAUGUGCCCACCAAUCCUGUUAACUGCCUGCUCGGAAGUAAAUCCUCCUCUGCCCAAUGGGACUUUCUCCCAUGUCAACGCAGGCGAUCGAAUUGCAUAUCUCAAUCGCUUCUUACUUGCGUGUAGCAUUCGCUUCAAAGGUGUUUGUCUCUUAUCUCUUUGCUCCAGUUUCCAUUUGGCCGCCGCAUACCCUGCGACAUUUACUGGCACGGGGUCUCGUUUCACGAUAAUGCCAUCUACUCGGGCCAGGUCAACAAAUUUCCAGGCAUGACCGAGGUGGUUCGGAAGAUCUCCCUGAGCCGUGCCAUGCGGAUGAUGCAGGAACUCUUCCCCGAGGAAUAUGACUUCUACCCGCGCUCCUGGAUCCUGCCAGAGGAGUUUCCCAUUUUCCUCGCAGAGGUCCAGAUGAUGAAAGAAGCCAACCCCAGGUGGAAGCCCAUAUUCAUUGUGAAACCUGACGGCGGGUGCCAGGGGGACGGAAUCUACCUCAUUAAGGAGCCCGCCGACAUCCAGGGGACGGGGAGCGCCCGGCCCCCCCGACCUGCGGUGGUCCAGGAGUACGUGUCCCAACCCUUUCUCAUCGACAGCCUGAAGUUCGACAUCCGCCUCUACGUCCUGCUGAAGUCUCUGGACCCGCUGGAGUUCUACGUCGCCAAGGACGGCCUCUGCCGCUUCUGCACGGAGCGCUACCAGGAGCCGACCCACAAGAACCUCCACCAGGUCUUCAUGCACCUCACCAACUACUCCCUCAACGUCCACAGCGGGAACUUUGUCCACUCCGACAGCGCCAACACGGGCAGCAAGCAGACCUUUUCCAGCGUCCUCAAUAGGUUGUCCUCCGGCGGCGUCGACCUCGAGGAUCUCACGGAAAACAUCGUUUCCCUGGUCAUCAAGACUGUGAUUGCCAUGGUCCCUAACCUGAAAAUUUACCACCAGUCCGAUAUCCCUGCCGGAAAACCGGGGCCUUCUUGCUUCCAGAUUUUAGGAUUUGACAUUCUGCUGAUGAAAAACCUGAAGCCAAUCUUGAUGGAAGUCAAUGCGAACCCCAGCAUGAGAACGGAGCACGAGAAAGAGGUUUCUCCAGGGGUCUAUGAGUACAUCCGAAGCCCUGUUGACGAAGCAGUCAAAAUCUCCGUCAUCCGGGACACGCUCCGGUUAGUGGAUCCGCGCAAGAAAAAGAGGGAAAAGACAUUAGCCGAGGUUUCAGAGGCCGAAUGGGAGAGGGAAAACGAUUUGCUGGAAGAAGGGCCAGAGCUGGAGGACAGCAAGACGUCAGAAGCCAAGUUCCCUUCCAUUUGCCUCAGGGAGCUGUACCCGAAGCUCGCAAAGGAAUUUGACUAUCUGCGGCUGGUCGAGCGGAUUGCGGCUCUCUUCAUCCGUUUCCUGGGCGUGAAGGGGACGACGAAAUUGGGACCCACGGGCUUCCGGAUGUUUAUAAGGAACAGCAAGCUAAGCAACAGCGAGUUCAGCAUGGCUUCCGCAGACAUCCUGUACAUUGACAUCACCAAGAAGCAGCACGGUCUCGCGACAGACCGAGAUGCGAGGAUGGACUUGCACACUUUUGUGGAGGCGAUUUGCUUCCUCGCCCAGAGGAGGUACAAGUCCCUCUCCCUCCACGAGCAGGUGGAGCUCCUCAUCGACUUCGCGGAGUCCAACUUGGCUGCCCAGGACAAGAAGCGCGCCUGCUGGGACCAGCGCGUGGCCCUGGUGACUUGCCACCAGAACCGGCUCCAACUCCGCCCUGCCACCAACAUGCUGGUCGAUUACAGAAGCUCCCGCCCGUGAAAGACUGCCUUUGCUGAUGCGGAUUCAAAGGGAGGUUUAGACCACAUUCUAGUCCAUUGGGUGACGUUAAAUCUCAUAGCCUAUGUCAGGGGUCCCCAGACUUACCCGCCUUUGGGCCGGUGCCCGCUGCGCCGAUCGCUCGGCGGGCGGGGGAGUGCGCGCGCAGCGAGCCGGAGGGUGGGGGAAGUGCGCGCCGGUGCGCAUGCGCACACCCAUUUACUGGCGCGGUGGCGCGCUUCCAGGCCGGAAAAAUCGCCGGAAAUUGUUUGUGCGCAUGCGUAUGGGCCUCCCCCCGACCCGGAAGUGCACGUCCCCCACCCCGGAAGUGCACCGGAAAUGACCUCUUCUGGGUCGGGAGAGGCCCAUACGCAUGCGCAGAAACGAUUUUCGGCGAUAUUUUUCAGAUCUGGAAAUGCGCCGCCGAGCAGCGCGCUGCAAGAGCGGGCGCCGCAAGAGCGGGCGGCGGGGGUCGUCGCGGGCCGGAUUGGGAGGCCAAUUGGGCCGCAUCUGGCCCGCGGGCCGUAGUCUGGGGACCCCUGGCCUAUGUCAUCCUCUCAUUGAUUUUUUAUUAUGUCUGGGGGCGGUUUGUGGGAUUUUGGAGUAGUACUUUCUUUCUUCUUCUCUUUUGCGAUAAUUUUUAUUACGUUUUCCAUUUCUGUGUUCAUUACAUCAUAUUCAUUACAUUUAUCGUGGCUUUAAAUCCUUAAAUUUCCAAUCAAAUAGAAAGAAGAGAAAAGGAGGAAAGGAAAGAAAGGGAGGGGGAAACAUAAAGCUCGAAACGAAAAUAAAAAUAUUACGAAGUCCAAUUUCUACUCAACUUUAUACGUUGGACUUCCAUUCUUCUUCCUUCUGUCACCUUUCCCCUUUUCGCAGAUAUUUUCACACUUCGUUUUAAUUAAGAAAAUUAAUUAUUUCUCUCUUUUAUUAAUAAAAUAAUAAAUUCUCUCUUUCACAGCUUAUAAACAUAACAUUGAAUAUACAUACAGUAUAUAACCUGGCUUUUAGUCAAUCAUGUAUUUACCAAAUUAAUGAACUUCUUUUGUAUCGUAUGUGAUGUUUUUAAUAUUCAUAACCUGUUAUCUUAUUGUAAUAAAGCAUUUUAUAACAUCUA